AUGGUGCGCCACAAGAAAGACGGCGCCUCUUCCAAGGCCAAGAAAUUCUCCACCAAACCCCGGCACACCCCGCGAGCCUCACGAGAAGGUGGCGAGGAUGGCAGCGCGCCUGAACGGCCACCCUUCAAAGCGGCAUGCUGGGAUUUUGGUCAUUGCGACGCGAAACGCUGCAGCGGGAAGCGGCUCAUGCAUUUUGGUAUGAUGCGAGAGCUGCCCAUUGGCCAAAAGUAUCCCGGCGUCGUUAUCUCCCCGAAUGCAAAGCGAGUUGUCUCGCCUGCCGAUCGUGAGUUGCUGGAACAGUAUGGCGCGGCAGUGGUGGAAUGUUCCUGGGUCCGAGUGGAGGAGAUUCCCUGGUCACGCAUUGGCGGGAAAUGUGAACGACUUCUGCCUUACCUUGUCGCCGCGAAUCCAGUCAACUACGGUAAACCCUGGCGGCUCAACUGUGUCGAAGCCCUUGCCGCGUGCUUCGCCAUCUGCGGUCACCUCGACUGGGCAGAGAUAGCUCUCCAGCACUUCACGUACGGCAAGCCGUUUCUGGAGAUCAAUUCCCAGCUCUUCAAACGCUAUGCGGCGUGUCGAGAUGAAGAGGAGAUCAAGAAGGCCGAGGAGACAUGGCUCGCCAAGUUGGAGAAGGAGUAUUCAGACAGUCGUCUCAACCCCAGUGGAGACGACGUCUGGGCAGGAGGAAACACGAACCGGCGAGAGGUCCUGGACUCGGACUCGGACGAAGACGAAGAAGGCGACGAAGACGAUGACGAUGACGAAAAUUCGAGCAACGAGGGCGACAACCUUCCGCUGCAGCAGGGCGUGCCGCUUGAUCUACCGCCAGACGAAGAUGAUGAGGACGAGGAGGCGGAAAUGGCCGAGAUUAGGCGGAAAAUCCUUGCAUCCAAGCCCUUCAGUGAAACCAUUUCGACCUCGACGGAAGCAAGCACGAAGGAGACUCGGCAACCCGGAGACAAGUGGACAACGACGCUGACCACGGAACCACCGCUCGUAGACUCUGACGCCGAGUCGGGCUCCGGCGAAGAAGACUACGACGACUUUGAUCAGAUCGCCAAUGCCACGCCGGUGACAGACCGUACAGGACUAGUUGCACGAGAACGGCAAAGGAAGCUGGAGCAGGCAAGUGCAUCCUUUUCCCGAACGGUAGUUUCGGCGCCGCAGAAGUGGUAG